UCACAGAAGGAGUCCAGAGGAGCAGCAGACCCGUGGUUCUUUCACGACUCUUCACUUCUCUCCAACUUUUUUCCCACUCAGAAACUUUUACCUUUUAGCUUGAAAAAUGCUGUUCAUCCUGCUUGGAGUGCUCGURUUGCACCUAAUCAUCCUUAUUCUCCUUAUUGUGUCUACAGCAGCCAGUACCUGGUCUGUAGGUGAUACAGGUAGUACUGAUCUCUGGUACAACUGCAAGACAGCCUCUGACGGCUACCACUGCAAGCCAGCCAGCAGUGACGACUGGAUCCAGGCAGUGCAAGCCCUCAUGAUCCUGUCUGUCCUCUUCUGCUUCUGCUCCCUCAUCGCCUUCUUGUAUCAGCUGUUCAGACUGGUGAAGGGCGGACGCUUCUUCUUCACCGCCAUCUUCCAGAUCUUGGCGAGCGUGUUUGUGAUGUGCGGGGCGAUCAUCUACACCGUGAUGAGGCCGGACAACCACACGGAGUUCGGCUACGCGUACGUCCUGGCCUGGGUGGCGUUCCCCCUGAGCCUCAUCAGUGGGCUCAUUUAUAUCGUCCUGAGGAAGAAGGAAUGAGAGACGGAGCCGGGGAGGAAGGAGGAGGGGGGGGGCCACCGGGAGCCCCCCACCCCCCCCUCGUUACCACAACAUCGCACUGUGCCUACUGCACCCACAGACCGUGGACUGACAUCCCAGCAAUUUCCUCUCUGAAUGAUCACACUCAAUUGUUUCCCAAAAUUCCAUUUUUUUUUUUAUUUUAACUUGUUUUCACUGAGUGACUUUUUUUUUUUUUAAAUAAGAAACGUUUUGGUGACUUCGACUUCCCAACAUCCCACAAAUCCAUACUGUGUGAUACAAAAGGAAAAACCCUGCCUCACUUCGGUAUGAAGAUGUACAUAGUGUCUGUGGUUUUUAGUCAUAUUUAUAACAGUUUUUACCUGCAUUGUGUACAUAGUGUUGCAAAGUUAACAUGCUCUUCUCUGUGAUAGUUUCUCACCAGUCAUGCAGCUGUACCAAAGAGAUGUCGCUUCAUCUGCCAGACUAUCAAGCUUCUCGUCGUUUCUUUGCCUGUUUUUGUUUCCGUCGAACGCUUUUAACAAACGUGCCUUAUUUAGUACAUGUGUUUGAGUGUAGGGAAAUGAGAAAAGUCUUUUUAAACAAUGUUUAUAAACUCAUGAAGUUUCUUUUUUUGUUUGUUUGUUUUAAAAUGUACUUGAUAUUUCAAAUAAAGUUUUGAAUUUUGUAUUGUUAAAAAUGGUGCUUUUUUUUUAAACCUACUAUUCUUGAAACGUGUAUUCUGAUUUGUGCAGCGUGUCYUGUCCUGUAAUUUGUUUGCUUUGUACAAACUUAACUUUUUUUUUGUCAGUAUUAUAAAUAAACCUGUUGAAAUCAGCA